UCCCCGGGCACGCGCGCGCGCGUGUGAGCGUGAGUGUGCGGCGCGUGUGGCCGCGUGCGCGCGCCCCUGAGCGCGCGCUGUGCCUCGGCGCCGCCUGCGUGCGGGGGGUGCCCGUGCGCGCUCCGCACCGAGCUCCCCGGCGCUGCCAUCCUCGCCUCCGCCGCCCCGGCGGCUCCGCGCAGCGCCCGCGCAGCGGGUCGGCAUCUUCAUGGGCUGCCACCAUGCUUGGGCCCUGGAGAUUUCGGGCGAAGAUGAAGAGCACUGACAGCCAUCGCUGCUUAUAAUCAGUAACUCUGAUGUUUGGAGUGUUGGCAAUGAGAUAUUUUCAUGAGACCUAUUUAGAUCUCUCCACUUCUACCAGGCUAGUUUUGCAGAACAUUGGGAAUAAGCGCUAUGUCAGAUAUGGAUGAGACUCCGAAGAAGACCUGCAUGUUUUACAUUUUUCACAAAUUUUGGGAAAUAAAAUGUAUGCUUGCUGCUCUACAGUAACUUUGGAACAGGACCUCAACAAAAAAAUGCAUAUCUGGAUGCUGCAGACGAUCGCAUUUGCUUUAACAUCACUAGUCCUUUCCUGGGCAGAAAGCAUCGAGUAUUAUGGGGAAAUCUGUGAUAAUGCGUGUCCUUGUGAGGAGAAGGACAGCAUCUUAACAGUGAGCUGUGAAAACAGAGGGAUCAUCAGCCUUUUUGAGAUCAGUCCACCAAGGUUCCCUGUUUACCACCUCUUGUUGUCCGGGAACCUUUUGAACAGGCUGUACCCAAACCAGUUUGUCAAUUACACGGGGGCUUCGAUUUUGCAUCUGGGGAGCAAUGACAUACAGGACAUCGAAACUGGGGCCUUUCAUGGUCUGAGAGGUUUAAGGAGGCUGCACUUGAACAAUAACAAGUUGGAACUUUUACGGGAUGACACUUUCCUUGGUCUAGAGAGUUUGGAAUACCUACAGGUCGAUUAUAAUUACAUUAGUGUCAUUGAACCCAAUGCCUUCAGCAAACUGCAUUUGUUGCAGGUGCUGAUUCUCAAUGAUAACCUCCUCUCCAGUUUGCCCAACAACCUUUUCCGUUUUGUGCCCUUAACUCACCUGGACCUGAGGGGUAACCGGCUGAAGCUGUUGCCCUAUGUGGGCCUCCUUCAGCACAUGGAUAAAGUUGUGGAGCUGCAGCUGGAGGAAAACCCCUGGAAUUGCUCUUGUGAGUUGAUUGCUCUAAAGGAUUGGCUGGACAGUAUCUCAUACUCCGCGCUGGUGGGAGAUGUGGUUUGCGAGACCCCUUUCCGCUUACAUGGUCGAGACUUGGAUGAAGUCUCUAAGCAGGAGCUUUGCCCCAGGAGGCUCAUCUCUGAUUAUGAAAUGAGACCUCAGACACCAUUGAGCACUACAGGGUAUUUCCACACUACCCCAGCCUCAGUCAACUCUGUGGCCACUUCUUCUUCAGCUGUUUACAAAUCUCCCUUAAAGCCCCCCAAAGGGACCCGCCAACCCAACAAGACAAGGGUGCGCCCCACCUCCCGCCUGCCCUCAAAAGACCUGGGAUACAGCAACUAUGGCCCCAGCAUUGCCUACCAGACCAAAUCCCCGGUGCCUUUGGAGUGCCCCACUGCCUGCACUUGCAACUUGCAGAUUUCUGACCUGGGCCUCAAUGUCAAUUGUCAGGAGAGGAAGAUUGAGAGCAUUUCAGAGCUGCAGCCCAAACCCUAUAAUCCCAAGAAGAUGUAUUUGACGGAAAACUACAUUGCGCUGGUACGCAGGGCAGAUUUUGUGGAUGCCACUGGGCUGGAUUUGCUGCAUCUGGGCAAUAAUCGGAUCUCGGUCAUUCAGGACCGGGCUUUUGGGGAUUUAACUAAUUUGCGAAGGCUGUACCUGAAUGGGAACCGGAUCGAGCGGCUGAGCCCAGAGCUGUUCUAUGGGCUGCAAAGCCUGCAGUACCUCUUCCUGCAGUACAACGUCAUCCGGGAGAUAGAGGCAGGCACCUUUGAAUCUGUCCCCAACCUUCAGCUCUUGUUUUUGAACAACAAUCUGCUGAGGUCUUUGCCAGGGAACAUUUUUUCUGGUCUGUCUCUCUACAGGCUGAGCCUGCGGAGCAACCACUUCUCCUACCUGCCGGUGAGCGGGGUGCUGGACCAGCUGAAAUCCCUGCUGCAGAUCGACCUGCACGAGAACCCCUGGGACUGCACCUGCGACGUGGUGGGAAUGAAGCUGUGGCUGGAACAGCUCAACACCGGUGUCCUGGUGGACCAGGUUAUCUGCGAAUCCCCUAAGAAGUUUGCCCAGAGCGACAUGCGGGCCGUCCGGGCGGAGCUGCUGUGCCCCGACUACUCGGACAUCGUCGUCUCCACGCCUACGCCGUCCCCGGGCCAGCUGCCAGCCAGGACCACCCCCUCCUCCUCCACCGUGCGCCUCAAUGGCACGGCGGCGGCGGCGGGCGGUUCCGCGCCCGCGGGCGGCGCCGGCGGCGGCAGCUCCUCCGUGCCGCUCUCGGUGCUGAUCCUCAGCCUGCUGCUCGUCUUCAUCAUGUCCGUCUUCGUGGCGGCGGGGCUCUUCGUCCUGGUGAUGAAGCGGCGCAAGAAGGGCCAGGGCGACCACGCCAGCGCCAACAACUCCGACGUGAGCUCCUUCAACAUGCAGUACAGCGUCUACAGCGGCGGCGGCCACCACCACCACCCCCACCUCCAGCAGCACCCGCCCCACCGCGGCGGCGGCAGCGGCGGCGGCGGCGGCGGGGGCGCGGCGCUGCCCAAGGUGAAGACCCCCGCCGGCCACGUCUACGAGUACAUCCCGCACCCCCUGGGCCACAUGUGCAAGAACCCCAUCUACCGCUCCCGGGAAGGCAACUCGGGCGAGGAUUACAAAGACCUUCACGAGCUCAAGGUCACCUACAGCAGCCACCCCCUGCCACCCGGGGGGGGCGCGCCGCCGCCCCCGCCGCCUCCGGCGCCCGGCGGGGAGGAUGCGCCGGCGCGCAGCCCCGCGUACAGCGUGAGCACUAUCGAGCCGCGGGAGGAGCUGCUCACGCCGGUGCAAGACGCCGAUCGCUUUUACAGGGGCAUUUUGGAGCCCGACAAACACUCCCCCUCCACGCUGGGUACCCCCGGCUCCACGCUCCCCGACUACCCCAAGCUCCCCGCCGCCUACACGUACUCCCCCAACUAUGACCUUAGGCGUGCCCACCAGUACUUGCACCCGGGGCCGGGGGACGCCAGGCUCCGAGAGACGGUGCUCUACAGCCCCCCGAGUACUGUCUAUGUAGAGCCCAACAGGAACGAGUAUCUGGAGCUAAAAGCAAAACUAAACGCAGAGCCGGACUACCUCGAAGUGCUGGAAAAACAGACCACAUUCAGCCAGUUCUGAGAAACAGCCCUCCCCGCCCCCCGUCCCCUCGCCAGUCUCAGCAGCUCCUUCUCUAGAGUAUUUGUAUUUAACAACCACACGCAAAACAAAGAAACGUAAAUGCUGACCUCCCUACACACACACACCUCGCCCCCCUCCUCUUUUUCCCCCUUUAAUUCAUUUUAUUGUAGGGUGAAGUGCCUUGGCACAGGACUUUUCAGCUUCGGGGAAUGAUUCUGAAAGGGUGUGCUGUUCAGUUUGGUUUGGUUUUGUUUUUUUUUUUUUCCUCUGUUACUGCAUUUGGAAGUCGGAAACCACCUAUUGUGUAAAAUGGGCUCAACACUGGCCUUGUGCGGGUGUCCAUGUGUGUUUGGGGAAGUGGCAGGAGGUUUCAUGGUUUCUUGGCAAGUCACAUUCAGAUCGCGCUUUUUUUCCUUUUUUUUUCCCUUGCUUUUUUUCUUUUUCUUUUUUUUUUUUUCUUCCUUUUACAGACAUUCUUUAUUUUAGUUUUCUCUCUGGUUGAAGAGUACAGCGCACAUUUUCCCUUUUUAGCCAUGGGUGACUCUAAAUGGCUUUUAUGGAGAGAUUAGCACACCCUGACUUUAAUACAAGGUUUCCUUUUUUUAAGGAUGUGUUUGUAUACUUUCUGGACUUUUGAAUUAAAAAAAAAUAUAUAUUAUGAUCUUUAAAGGGAUCACUGUAGAUGUGGACAAAUCAUUAAAGAGUGCAGAGAUAUAUGAUCCAUAACUGGUUAGUGAAAAUAACUUAUUGAUGAAAUAUAAAAAAAUAUUUUAUUGUAGCACCUAUUUUUAUAUGCACAUUAGCAUUUCUCUUUCCUUCACUAUUUUAGGGCCUAAUCUUGCAAAUUUUUAACUCACUUGAGUAUCUCUAUUUGUGAAAGAAGUCCCAGCUUAGGCCUUCAUCCUGCAGGCACUUAAGCACAUGAACAACUUUACCAAUGCGUGUAGUUCUGGAGACUCACUCAUUGGGCAAAGUUUGUCAAAAGCCCAAAAAAUUAGGAUAGAGGAUGCAGAAUUCUUCUUACAAGUAAAAAUACUGGAAUGUUUGAGUGUUUCUUUUUCUUAUUUUUCUUUUUUUUUUUUUUUUUUAGGAUGGGGUCCAAAGGUUGUGGAUUGCUUUACAGUAUUGCACUACAGUGAGAGCUUUUUUCCCAAAUCUGAUGUAGUAUCAGAAAGACCUUUUAAAUCUCUAUAGAUAAUGCCAGUUAUGACCAAAUCUUAACAGACAAUCAGAGACAUAAAAUCUGAUCACAAUAGGAAAAAAAUUCAUGUUUCUCUAUUGAAAAAAUGUGUCUUUUAGCAACCUCCUGCUCAGGAGUAUGGUUGGGCAAACUAGUGAGGGACAUGUAGAAGGCAUUCAUUUUAUUGGUAAAAAAAGGUUCAUUUUUGAUUUGUCGGUUUCAUUUUUUUUUUCUUUAUUUUAAAUUUUGUAUUAGUUAACCAAAAUAUAAUGAUUUUGCAACUGUUGUAACCAGUUUAUGAUUGUUUAGUUGAGUACAAUUGCACUUGUACAGAUCCACAUGUUUACUGGCAUCCUGAAAGACCAAAUGAUGGACUGUACACAUCCCUAUAAAAUGUCUUUACCCCUUUGGGCAGCAGGCAAUGGCAAGGAUAUUCAUAAACACAGCAUCACUGUAAGAUGGGACAACUGAUGUCUCAUAUGUAUCCCAGCACAUGUGAUUUUUUAAUAGUUUCUGAAUAAACACUUGGUAAAUAUUUCAAAUAUAAGAUCCUGAAGUAAUGAGUAUCUGAACUUUAAAAUUUCUGGCCAAAAGAAUCUGUUUGUACAUUGGAUUCUCUUUACUAGCAAUUAAGGCUCAUCAAAAAGAUCUGACGUUUCUAGGCAAAACAUAAUGUGUUCUCUGUUUUCGAAACAUGACAUGUGGUAAUUACCAGCAUAUAUAACAUGGGUCAGAAAGCAGCACAGGGGUAUAUGUUUCAACAACAUAUUGAAUAGGAUCAUUUUAUAUUUGUAUUUUCUUUCCUUACUGAGGUGUUCUUUAAUAUAUGGAACAGGGUAAGUGAUAUUUCACGUGUUUUCUUUCUUCAUUAGGUUAUUAUAUUUAAUAUUGUUUCCAGAGUUGCUCACUAGUACAUCUUUUAUUGCAAAAGGGCUCUGUUCUAUUCUGAAUUUCCUACCCAUGUACAAUCUGUCACUUUCUACAAAAACAAAGCUGUAUAACUGGUCUGUUGGAAUUCAAGAAAAAUGUUUCCUUGGCGUGUGUUCUUCCUUCUAUGCCACCCACACUGAGCAAAAGCAAAAAAAAAAAAAUCAAAAAACAAGCAUGACUGUAUUUAGCUUGGACAGUUUAGUAAGUGGAGUGUUAUUUCAGUUCGAAAUGCAGAGUUGAGGAGUGUUCUUUUGUCACAAGAGACAUAACAAAUGGCUAUUCUGUUCACUGCUCUCCAUCUCCUGCAGGCUUCCCAUUGACACCAGUGAGAGACGUGUGUGUGGCUGCCUGAGGUGCAGUUUUGGAGCCCUAACUUUGAAUUGCUGUCUUUAUAACUAUUGCUGAAACCAGUGGCCUGGUUCUUCUUCCAUUUAAGCUCAGUAGAGGCAUGCUGUUGUUAAAUAGGUAUAAGUAAGAAAAUUUUCAGCCUCGCUGACUUUGCCAGAGAAAGGCUAGCUCAGAAAGGAUUGAAGGAGAAGCUCCUGCAAAGUUUGUGUCUGUUCGUGUAUAUAAAUAUAUCUUUCCUGUGUGGUUCUAAACUCAUGUUUAUGAGUUUGCAUAGGUGUCAGUACAAGCAUAGGAUGAGGUCCUUAGUGUGAAAGGUACAUUUUGCAUGGCAUUCUGCCACAAAGAGGCAGCAUCCGCAAAUGAGUAAAUGAGCAGGAAUUGCUUGGAUUUGUAAGAAAUAGCUGAAAGAAAUCCCUUGACAUUCUGUUUAUGUUUGCAUUCUGACACUGCCAUUUCUGAGGUCAGUAGUACUGCUGCUUCCAUGUGUUCUACAUGCAUUUAAUAACUGCUAAUGAAGGAUUUUUCUAAUGGUCUACACUACAACCAGAACAAUUAAUUUAAAUCAUUUUGACAACUCACCUUCAGUAGAAAAAAAAUGUUAUUGCUUGCAUUACUGGAGAAAAAGAUUAAAUUACAUCAAUUACCUACAGAAAGUGCAUUCCUGAAGAUAAACCCUUGAAAAAUAAUACAGAAUGAAAAAUAAUAUUCUUUAGUCAGUAAUAAUCCUGAGACAUAUCUGAAAGACUAUUUGUGAAUGAGGACUUCAAUGGAAGUAGGAGUUCCCACUCAAUGGCUAAAAUGAUAUAUCAUCUGUGGAUAAUUAUUAUAAGAAAAAGUAGAUGGGAAUAGAAGUUGACAAAGGAAGAUGUGCCUCUGAUUCAAAAAGAGGGUAAGAGAUAAAGUAAUUUGUUUGAAGAAAAAUCCACCCUAUUUUGAGAAUUCUGAAUAUUUUUAGGUUGGUUAUCAGGCUUGUUUAGGUUGGUUAUGAAGUGAUAUUCACUCUUUUUUUGUGUGUGUGUUUUGACAAGUAAUAUUGAGCUUACUGAAUCACUCAUUUGGUCUCAUAUUUUACUUCAAAAGUUUAUAAGUGCAUGAAAUUCUGUGAUGAACAACAACAAAAAAACCAAAGUGGAAGAGAGUCCUGGUUUCUCAAUGUAAUUACUGGAAACAAAACAUGAGUGUAUGUUCCUUUCCCUUCCCUUCCCUUCCCUUCCCUUCCCUUCCCUUCCCUUCCCUUCCCUUCCCUUCCCUUCCCUUCCCUUCCCUUCCCUUCCCUUCCCUUCCCUUCCCUUCCCUUCCCUUCCCUUCCCUUCCCUUCCCUUCCCUUCCCUUCCCUUCCCUUCCCUUCCCUUCCCUUCCUUCCUAUAUUUCAUAUUUUACUCUCAUCUUUAACAAAAUGAGCUGAAUUUCAAGUGGUUAAUCCCAGAAGUUAUAGCCUGGAAUUUCUAGGCAUUCCUACACACUGUUUGAAACACCAGCUGUUAUGUCAGUCCCCUCAUCAGUUAAAAGUCUGACAAAAAUGCAGCUUCCACUUCAGUAGUUCUAGAGCCCACAUUCUCACACCUUUAUUUUCAAUACAUAUAUCUUUACCAUCCACUAUUUUAAUGGUCACUUAAGGUUGUAAAAACAUCUUCAGUUGAAUCUGCAUACUGUAAUAUUUAAUUUCUUAAUGUUUUCCUAUGUUUUAACUUUUUUUAUGAAGUUAAGGUAUUUCUUAGAGGAAUUCCUUUUAGGAAAACAAAUAGUGGUACCUUUUCUCAUAUCACAUAAUAAUUUAGUUAUUAUUUAGUUAUUAAAGUAAUUUUUAAAAAUGGUUAAAAAGCAUAAAAAUGAGUUUAUGACCUCUGGUAAACAAAAUAUAGAAGAUAUAUCUGGAAAGGCAAGAAUAGCUAAUUGUGGUCGUUAGAAAAUAGGAAGGCAAGAUCCUGGUUUUGUAGGUUGUUUAGAUCUCUGUUUAGCUGGAGCUAAAAUGUCUGACCAGCAUGUUGUUUCUUACAGAAACUUAAGAGUCUGUUUAAUGCAUAUGGUUCCCUCUCAGGGGGCCGAGUCCAUUAAGGCACUACAUCCUGAAGGACAGGGUAAACAAGAACUCCUUCAUUUUUAGAGGGCAGGUUCUUUAUAUUGCUCAGUGUCUCCAGGGAACCUGAAUAGCCUUUCAUUAGGUUACAGCGUGGCAUACUGAAUUACAGCGUCUCCAAACCAGAGAGGGAGGCUGAAGUCUUUUGCUGUCUUAUGCAGAACUGAGAAUGCUAUUGGCACAACUGGCAUUAAACAAGAAAAAUGGGGAGAGAAGAGGAAGUGAAUGGCAGACACUAUGCCAUAGCUGUCAGGCCUUCAAACAGUCGUCACAUUUCUAUUGAUUAUUUGAUUGUAGGGAACUUGCACCUCUAUUCUGCAGCAUCCACUUACCCUGGAAAAUGUAGGACCUCAAGCUAAGAAAUGACAAGAGGAUAGAGGAGUAGAUGAGUGAGGCAUUUCUGUGAGAGAGGUGGGCAGGAUAGCAGCAAUCUGAAUGGGGCAGCGACACUAUUUGUUUUUCCCAGCCCUUCUAAAAAGCUUUGCAAUGUUUUUGCUGAAAAGAGAGCUCACAAAUCUCACAGUAUUCAGCAAUACUGUGUUACAUAUUUGUGUUUUUUCCAUUUAUGUAUAAAUAGUAUCCUAAUAUUGCAAGUUUUUGCAAUUUAUUUUUUUCCUGUUCAUUAUUCAGCUACAUUUCAGAAUUUCUAGCAGUAUGAUGAUACUCCAGAAAUGCUAAGCACUGUUAUGCUUUAGAAUAAUUGUUUAUUCUUAAAACACUGAACAGAAAAGAGAUGGGGCAGAAAAAAAGGCAUAUUUAGGUCCUAGGAACAAGACGCAUCUAGUUAAUUGAAUAUACAAAGAAAUAAAGUGUAAUGAAGUUUGUAAUUAAAUGGUUAUCAAAUUAACUAUUUAACUUACAGCUAAUGAGCCACAUUUUGCUUCUAGUUGUGUAAGUACACAACUGGAUUACAUUGACUUGAGGAACUUGCAAAAUAUUUACUUUGCUCUUGUAAGUCUGGCUUUUUGUCAUUGAAAUAAGACAUUCUCUUAGUAUUUUUGUUUCGUACAGUAAAAAUUUGAGUACAGUAAUUACAAAUAUUAUUUGUUCUGCUAUGUAUCUCCAAAAUGAAUCGCAUCUAUUUCCAAUCUGCUGACAAAUUACCUGAACACUGAUGUGUUCAGUGAUAUGGCACUGUAAAGUUUAUCUUGGACUCAUAUUGUCCUGAUUAUAUGGGAAGUACAGUUUACAUCCACAGAUAUGCAUGUGGCUCUUCAGAAUGAUGAACAGACAACAUACCUCUAUUUAAUUCUGUGGACUUGGUCCUGAAACCUGGAAUUAGAUUAAAUACCUAUUGAUAAAAAUUGUUCCCUUUGUGGUGUUUUUGCCAUGGAAGAUGCAACUACUUUUGCUGCAAUUUUGCAGGCAUACAUUUACAGUAUUUUUGAAUUUUGCAGAAAACUUUAGACCAUGUCAAACAUAAAUGACUUUUUUCCUGGCUGGACACAAGAUUACUAUUUGUAUAUCAUGACAUGGUUCUGGGUGAUCUUCCAAAAAUGUCCAGACUGGGAUAAGAUAAAAGGUUGAAAUAAUAAUUGUGUAGUUCCAUAUUUAAUGUAAUAAAAUAUUUUUUCUCAUGAUUUCAGCAGUAUAUCUGAUUUUGUGAACACUAGAUUAUUAACACGUUUGGUAAUUUUCUACCAUUUCUGUGGCAAAAAGUUUAUGUUUAUAUUUGAGGAAGGGGAAAAAGUAUGAGAUCGCUUUUGUCAUACAUCAUGUCAACUUUAUUCAAAAAUGCUUAGAGUAAAAGCACUGAGUUCAAUUCUUUGAACUUGAAAGGUAAAAGUCUAGUUAGAUUUUUUAAUUUCUGAAAACAGUAUUUAAUUGCCAACUAGAUUAUUAUUUUAAACAUCUGUAUUUGCUACCAUCUGUUCUUUAAAAAACAAAUACAUAUGUGUGUAUAUAUAUAUAUGCAAGUGUAUUCGUACAUAUAUAUAAGUAUGCAUAUAUAUUUGUACAUCUACACUUAUAUCUACCUUUAUUUCUUUAAUUAAAAUUGUCUUUACUAUGAUUUAAGAAUAUUUCCGUGUAAGUAGUGAGAGCUUUUAGACUUGGAAUCAAAGAAAAGUUGUUCAUAGAUCAUAUGUAGGAGAUAAAUGCUAUAUCCACGUAAUCACCAGAAAAUCAGUCCAGUCAUACAGUGCUUCAACUUUUCUAAUAUAGUAACAUAAAUUUGGGGUUGGAGUCACUAGGAACAAAAGUUUGGGCUCAAAUCCAGUUUUCAAGGGGCUGAAUGUGGAUUGAGGGGCAUUAAUAUUCCAGUAUUUUAAGCCUCUACCUUUUACGUUUGGCAUAAUAUCACAUGGCAAAGCUGGCCUGAAAUUGACUUUCUGUAACUUUACUACUAUAGCAAUUAAUUUGUCCAGUCAAAUGGAUAGACACAUAACAAAUGCAUUUUUGACAAAGGCAAGAGUUCUUAGAAAGGUCUCUCUUUUAGAUAUCUGAAUUUAGUUUUAAAAUACUGAAUUCAUAACGGUAUUUAGUUAUGCAAUUGAUUAUUACAAGUAAUGACAAAGAUUUGUUUGCUUUCUAAAGCUGAACUUAGGUGAGCUAAUCAGUUUUUUAGUUAUGACUAUAAUAAAGCUGUUAGUCCCAGCGGCAGUUGCUUUCUGCUGAAAAUUAUAACAGGGUUGUUCUCAGCAUUGGUACUCUUCAGCCAUGAUACAAUUUAUUACUGUAAAUUCUUUUUUAAAAUAUGGAAAAUUAAACACUUUAAAAGCAUUUUCAGGUUGGCAGUUUGCUAAGUUGAAUUGAAUGUGUCAUUAAUUUUAUCUAAUAUUGAUUAAUUAUCCAAUUUUAAGUAGUUUUCCCUUUUUUUUUUUUUUUGUUUUUAAGCCAUACAUACAACUCUUUAUAAAUGAUGUAAUGAUGUGGCUACAUGAGUUUAUUUGUAGUUGUGUACACUGCUGCAGUACAUCUGGUUAAAUGGCAUCUGGUAAUUUAUAACAAACCAAAAUAUCUAGAUUACAAUUUUCUUCACAUUAAACUCAAAAUUCAACAAUAUGUACAUUUUUCUGUUUUCAAAUUUGUAAGAAAUGCCUACCCUAACAUCAAAGAACUUGAACCACUUUCAAAGAAUUAAUAUUCUGCUGAAUCAUUUAUUCCCAAGUAUAAAUAUCUUAUUUUAGUGAUGAUGAAAAGUGCAUCAAAGGAAAAAUUGCCUAAUCAGUGUAUUUGAUGGUUUUGAAGUGAAUGAAAAUUCUCCCAUUGAUUUUACUUUUUUGGAAGCAUGUAAUGUCUUUACACUGUAUGUUUUUUUCUCUUCCUGUUAGAGACUGUUUAUUGGCCUACCCGGCAUAAGAAAAAUCACUGCUACAAAGGUGUUUCAAAUCUCAGCUGGUUAUAUCAUCUCUAUCAGUAACAGCUUUGGCUGUUUCUUAAGGUUGUUUUAUUUUUAUAGUGAUUAAAUUGUGCUUGGUCUUUUAAGAGUUUUUUUUCUAUUCAAAAAUAUCAUGCAAUAUUGUCAAUACUGGUGGUGGAAAUUAUUUUAAACACUAUAAUGAUGGGUUCUUCAAGUUUAUAACCAUUAUGUUUAAAAACAUUCUAACUCUUUGAAAGAGAGUUAAAGUUACAUAUUUUAUAUUCUAAUUUUAUGUAUCCCUGUCAUUUUUUUCCCCUACACAUUACUGAAUCAAACUGCCUGCCUUUGCUUUGAAGGCUGCUUUUUAAGUACAGAGCAUGGUUGUGUGCCAAGGGAUCUAAGCUAUUGUUCUUCAGUGUGUUUAUUUCUUUUAAAGAAAAAUAUUGUGCUCUUCUAAAUAGCUAUUGAUUUUCUAGGAAGAAUCACAUGGUCUACAUUUCUCCUCUCUCCAUUCUUACAUUGUGAGGCAGUAACAAAGUGUAUUUGGUUUUGUAGCUUUUUUGUUGCAGGUGUAACACCUUAAGCAAAAUCCUCAUGGUUGUCAAAGAAAAUUACGUUUUAGGUAGGAGUUUUUAAAAAAUUCUACCUGUAGCAUCAUUAGUAUAAAGUUGUAACGCAAAUACAUGCCUGCAUAAACAUGCAUUUAAAUGUGUGUGUGUCUAGGUCACCAUCCAGUUCAGAUUUUUUUUUUUUUUUGUGGGGGGUGGUUUUCUGUUUGUUAGUUUUCAGUUAGUUUUUUUUAAAUGCAUCUUGUCUCAAAGACAGGAUUUGUCAUGUAAUUAGGCAGUGCUUAUAUAAUGAAGCUUUUCAGCAGAGUAAUUUAAGUCAUAAAUUGUUCUUCAUCUUCUUAUUGACAAUUUCUGAUUGGUUUGAAAUGUUUAUUUUUAACUUUUUGGCCUGACAAGUUAGGACUUCCAACAAGUGGCAAUGUGCCAUAUUAUCAUGUUGAACAGUAGAAUCAAUUAGUUUUAUCAUGCAACAUAUAACUUAAUAAAUUUUUAAUGGUAAGAGUCUACUAAUGCAUAUUGUACUAACAUGUCUAUUAAUUCUUCCUUAAGAAUACUUUUUCCUAAAGAAUAAAGUUACUACUCUGUUGCAAAUUUUUUUUCUGAAAAUAUGAGAAGUAGUUAAGAUAAUGAUUCUAAAUUCACCCAUUUUUAGAGAUAUAAUUGAAUGUGUUUAUGAUGGGUAGCAUUUUUUCAUCCAUACAUAAUUUUAUACAAUGUAUGUGUUCUAUAAUUUUCAGUAUGUUUUAUAUACCGAGUGUUAUCUCUAAUUAAAUAUUUCUUAAGACUUCUUGUAUUAUUAAGAAGUUUUUAUUAGAUUUAGUUGGGAUCAGAGCUUUAAUUAUGGAGGAAGAAAACUCCCAUCUCAUCAGUCUUUCUUUAUACUAUUUAUCUUAUGAGCAAUUGUCCAAAUAACUCAUAUUUAUUUUUCUUUAAUGUUUGAUUAUGUGUUAUUUUCUUCAUUUGCUGUUUAAAAAUUCGAGACUUACUGCUAAUCAUGUAUGGUGAAAUACCAAAAAAUUCCCAUCUUUGAUCUGAUCAAUACUAUGUAACUUCAAUUUACAGUUACAUAGUGAAACUGUUUUAUUUUAUGUUUAUCUUAGACUUAGGUACCCUUAUCUCCAGGUCUGUGUGUCGAUGUAAGGCUUCACAAAUGUUCACUUAAUCAAAACGCAGUAUUACUUCACAACCCAAAGAAAAUCGUUUAACAAAGCAACGAAGACAAAAUUUCCAAAGUAGAUUUUGAUUCUCUGACUACUUCCACAUAUGAAAAUUAUUUUUAUGUGAGUUGUCCCAUUGGGUUCCAUCAGAAAUUUUUGUGUUACAUACUUUUAUGUUUGCAAUUUGGAAUUUGAAUAUAUGUCUGACACAUACAAACUUAUGCCAAUGCUUAAUCUGAGUUCUGGUUUGUCUAAUGGAGAAAGAAGUGUUUCUGAACAUGUUAGGAUUAUGAUUACUGUUACAAAAGUAUUUUCUUCCUAUGAAAAGGUCUUUUCUGGAUUUACUCAUGCACAAAAUAUGCAAUUAGGUGUGUGUAUCAGAGAGCAUUUUGGUAUGUUUGAAAAGGCCUGAGGACCUUCAAAGCUAAAACUAGUUCAGUUUCUGAAACGCUUACUUUUUGCUUUCAGUUGAAUGUUGCUGGCUUGAAAAGGAGACUGAUAAUGAUGUUUAAGCCUAAUGGCAGAAAGGUACUAGGAGGGUUAAUGAUUUUUUUUUUUUAUUUAUUCAGAUAUUUGAACUGUCAACUAUUUAUAGAAUAUGAGUAGUUAUAGGUUCUGAAUGUCUUCAUUUUGUCUUGUCUUCUAAAACAGGGUGUUUUAUUUUUUUAAUUUUAAUAUAGAUUGCAGGAUUUGAAUGAAUUAUAGAGAUGUUGAAUAGCUGUCCUUCAAACACGUCAAUAAGAAUAGUUAUUUUUAUUGUUGUUGUUGUUAUUUUCAUUUAGCUCAGAAAAAAUCAGGUCAUAUCUAUUUUUGGGACUCACGGGGUUUUUAGGAGGUGAGUGAACAAUUGCUAAGAGGCCUUGGACCUCUCCAUGUAAAAACAAGUUAAAUGACCACAGUGAUUAAAAAGGAACUCAUUUUAGUGUGUUCGUGAUUUGAAAAUAUGGUCAAUUUAUAUUUAUCUCUGCAAUUUAUAUUUAUCUCUGCAAAAUAUCUUCAAUAUUUUGAAUAUUGAAAACAUUAACAUUGUCAAAAUUGUUUAUUAAUACUGACAAGAAAGCAAUUAUUCUCAGGGCAGAGACUCUUAGAGCCAGUAUUUUUGUUACCAGAAGUUAAAUCAAAGAUUUCAAUAUAACUGUCUAAAAGAAGAGAUGCAAUAGUACUAACAUACAGAACAUUUAUUUAAUACUUAGAAUAUUGUUAAAACUUAAACUUGUAAGCCUUUUAGAUAUGCACAGCCUUUUAGCCCUUGAUGUCCGAUUCUUAUAUAGAAAGGAUGUUUUAGCUGUAGUUAAGACAGCACAGUCGGAAGAGAAACAGAUAUUUUAGUGUAUCUUAUUUUACCUAAUCUUAGAAUGAUCACUUUUGUUGGCUUUUUUCUUUUCCCAUUACACAGGCAUCAAAAUUCUUCAUGUCAAAUUUGGAAAUUUUGGUGUCACAAAGUGUCCCAGAGCCUGGACAAAUAAUAAUCCAGUAGCAGAAUAAAAAUUGCUACAGCAAACUGAAACAUGAAAUUAAAAUAUGAUGUUCUGUGAACAUGGGAGAUAUUUGUGAGAGUAAUUUGUUGACAACUAAUUGAUAAUUAUGGCUUGUAUUCUUCUAACACCUUUCUUCCCAAAGGAUCCUAAAGUGCCUUACAAAAUUAGGGCCCGUUCCUGCCCUGAUUGAAGUCAAUGGGAGCACUGCCAAUGGGAACAGCACUGGGCACUUAGGAAGCUAAUAAAAGCUGCAUUCAAACAUCACUUCUGCCACUGAAAUGUGUAACUGUUCAACUUACACAGCAAUACUCCCAGUGGUUUAAGACAGGAAGUGAGUAUUAUCAUUACAGAUUGCAAAUUUGAAAAAGAAAAUAUGAUUUUAAAGGGGUACAUGGUCCUAAUUAAUAUUACUGUUAAUAAUACUGACUUUGGUUAAGAUUUGUUUGAGUCUUCAUCCAAACAGAUUUUUUGUAUUUUUUUUUGAAGAUCUGAACAUUAGUUCCAGUAAGUCUAGCAACUGAUACCUCUUUGAUUAUUAAUACAUUGCAUAUACAUAUUUGGGGUUCUCAGAUGUGCAUGGUUUCAGUGCAAUAAUUAAAAAAAUUCAGAAAAAUAUAACAUAGUCAUACAAGUAAUCAUCUAUAGUUAUUUUAUCCUUUUCCUGAUUAACAUUUAAUUUCUACCUGAGAAAGCCUGAUAUUACUACCAGUAUUUUCUGUGUGUUUCCAUAUUUGUUCACUUUAUAUAUUGAGCUGAUUGCUGCGAUAUGUGGAGGACAGGAUUUGAUGUUUGUAUACUUGAAAUUCCAGUUGAAAUUAAGCAUUAUACCACAUAUUCUGAUAUUUUUCUUUAUUUUUAAUAUAGGGACCUUUCAUAUAAAAAUUUUCAGCUACAAAAACAUUAAACAGCAUACAUAGAUCCAAAAAAACCUCCAAAACAUGUGAACUAUUGUGGGUAUUUUUAACAUGAUGAAAAGGCCUGAAUUGUUUUCCACCCAGCACUUUUUUCUCAAUCAUUUAUAUUGGUGAAUGAGAAAAUUAUUAUAUUAUUUAACAUUUUUUAAAUUAUUGCUAUUUAGCAAAGAGGAAAAAUUAGCUCUUGGACUGUUCUCUUUGUCUCUAGAGACUUUCAGAUGGGACUGAAAAAGAGGCAGCUCAAAGAAUAACCCUCAGAAAUUAUCUAGUAGAAUAUGUAGCAACAGAAGUCUUUGAAUCAGACAAAUAAACAUGCUGUAUAUUCAAAAAAAAAAGUUUGAGACUACAGGGCUAAAUAAAUUCUAAUCUAGUCUUACUGAAUCCUUCUAGUCUUGCUCAAUAAAUAAUUACUAAAUCUGCUGGCAAAAUCACAGAAGAUGAAACUUUGCCUUAUUGACCAGACAGAAAUUCUCUGUAUUGUUCAUUUGAAUAAUAUUUACCUUAUUAAAACAGCAACCAAAAAAUAAAAACAAACAAACAAAAAAAAACCCACCCAAACAACAAACACCAGAAAGGGCCCAAAACAAAACCCACAAAACAAAACCCAAAACAUUUGUAAUACCACUUUUUAAAAUAAUGUUCUCCUUUUCAUACUGUACCUGCAUAGAAUAUUUAGAGUGUGCACUGCAUCAUCCCUGAACAAAAAUUUUAUAAGGUAGUUUAUAAAAGGGUUUUCCAAAGAAAUAACAGCAUAUUGUAUGCUUCUGUUACACAAAUGUGGUUUUCAAGUAAUUUGGAAUACAUGGAGGAAUGCACUCUUAGAAUGUAAUUCAUCAGUAGAUCUAAAUGUCAUCUUCUACUAGAAACACAGAAUUUUACCAGCUUUUCAAACAAUUAGUACCUUGAAAUAUGCAAAUUACUAAAUCUAUGUGGAAUGAACAAGUGCCAUGUUUUCUUUCUUACCUUUCUGGCUAAAAAUCUCACAUAUUCUCCAAUGAGAAUUUGACAUAAGUUAAAAAAAAUUUGGCAGAGCAGUUUCAGAAAGUUACAGACAGAUGGAAAGCAACCACUGAAGUUAACAGCCAAUUGGUUUUGUUUUCUUUUGUAUGUGUUUUCAAUAAAAUUGUUUCAUAUUUAAUACUUCUAAUUAAGUCAUUAUUAUAUCAUAAUCAUAGAUUACAGUAUAAUAAUUUGACAUAAUUAGUUAAAUUGGGGGUUAAACCGUCUUCACAAAGAAUGAGUCUUUGAUGCGUGUAAGAAAAAAAAACCCAAUGAAAUAGUUAGGGAUGUGAAAUCUGGUGCCUGGACUUGGAGCUAUUGAUAUAUUAAGCUUGAUACUGCACAGUCUCUUUUAGACAUACACAAAAUCAAGAAAGAAGUAAUUAUGCAAGUGCUGAUGACAGGCCAGGAGGAAUUUAGCACUUCAGUCAAAAGAUAGGAUUAGAUUUUAUCCUAAGGGUAGGAUUAGUGUGUGAUGUCAUGGUCACUUAAUAGGUUUCCUAUUAGAUCUUCCCUAAGGCCUGUUUUUGCAGUCCUUAGGCAGGCCAAACACCCAAAGAAAUCUGUGCACUUUUGCUAAGCAAAGAAGUUUUCAAUGUCUUCUGAAAACUUCAAAUUAUUUAAUGCAUGUAUAUAAAAUAAGUAAAGGGCUAGAUGACAGUUACUAAAAAGAAUAUUUAUGAUUAAGUUCUAUGCUGUUAAGUAUCUGGGCCUAAAUGACUAAUGCAAUACAGAGAUCACACGUCUAUCUCGUAACAGAAAUAAAUUAGCUAGUGUCAGAUUCUGCAUUCUUUUCUGACUUCCACCUUGCUCAGCAAAGCAUUGUAGGAUCCAUCCUUUAAAUCUUUUGUAUUGUAUUUCUUCACUAAUAAAUAUUUUCUAAGACUUUACUGGGUGCUACAAUACUUUUCAUUAAUUUCCAUUAAACAUGUUUUUAUUGGUAUAUCUGUAACCAUUUUAGGAAAUGCCAACUUUGUAUUAGAAAGUGAGGUGAAUAUAGCUCUUCUUUUUUUUCUCUCUUUUUUUUUUUUCUGAACAUGCUCAAUAUAAAAAUAAAUCCACAUCAAUUUCCUGGGAAAGUAGUAUUUUUCAAAUAUGUUUUAGAAUUUGUUAAAUAAAAGUCUUCCUGACAAAAAAAAAAAAAAACAUGACUUUGACUAAAAUAAAAAGAAAGCCAUUCAACGUAUUUUUUACAUUGAACUAAAGCCUUUGUCAAAAACCUCAAAAUUUGAACAUGUAUCACCAAUUUUGAAAAAAAAACAAACAACAAAAUCUGUCAUAAAUAAAUGGUUGAUCUAGACUGUUAGAAACAGCUGAAUGCUAUCUUACAGAAUGCCCUGCUUUAUACUCUAAAAUUUAAUUAAUAUACUAGAGUAAUUAUAAAAUUAUAGAGGAUUAUAAAAUACACAUUUUCAUGCAGUCAUCUCAUAAUUGCAAGCUAUAGCAAUGGAUUUUUUUACCAAUGCAUUAUGUUGUUGAGAGUUCAAAAUAAUUUAUAUAAUUAAUAACUAAAUAAUCCUUUAAGAUUUGUUUUAAUAAAUCUUUAAAACACCACACUUAAAAAAAAGGCCAAGCAGUAUUUUUAAUAGAAUGUUUUUAAAUGGGUUAUUUUAAAAGAGAAUGUAUAAUUAAAGAGCAUAUUUAUAGCAAAAAUAAUGCUUUUAAUUGUUAAUAUAUUGCUCAUAUUUAUAUUUGCAUGCUCUGAAAAAUUUAACUCCUAGAAAUUUAAUAACAUCACCAGGAGCUACUUUUGGGUGUAAAAUUCUUCAUAUGUCUAAGCGUUUGCAGGACUGAGCUUUCAAUUUUUGAUUGUUUGAUCAAAUGGGAAAAAUAUCUACUCAGUAGUCACUGGAGCUUUUGAGAUCAUAAAAUUGGUUCAUGUAUUUCUGUCUAACACUUUGUACGUUAUCCUUCAAUGAACAGUAAAGAAAGAAAAUAUCAAAAAAUACCUCUGAAAUGGAGUGAGAUACUUAACAGAGUAAUCCAAAGACUGUCUUUAGAUUGAUAAUGUUUGUAUUUACAGUAUUAAACACUGAGCAUUAGAAACAUCAUAUACUGUCAUAUAUAUAUAACUUUAUAAUUAUAGACACAUGUAUUUCUAUUUGUACUUUUCAUUUUCCUUUAAACAGCAUCAUUAGUGUACAUGAUUAUCUAUGUAUGCUUAUAUAUGUAUAUAAAAGUCUCAGGUACUUAAAAGCACAUUGGAUCUAAAUUAUGCAGCAAAGUGCCACCAUAAUAUAUGUGGCAAUUUAACUGAUUUCUGUUACGGUGUUAGUUUAUGCUUACUAAUGUCAGAUAGUUUUCAUGGUUACUGGUAUAUUUUUGGGCAAAAACAAACAAAUGGAACAAAGGGGAAAAAAACCAGCAAAAACAAACAACCAAAAAAAUCCCAAAUCUGCAAUAUGCAAUGAAGACUCUUUUCAUUCUGACAGAGAAAAACUGUUCCUGUGGUGCUUAGGCGCUUCACAGAAGAAGAAUUUUUUGCAAUGUGAUGCCUCCUGUGGUGCAGUGAGGCGUGAAGCAAUACAAGAGGUAGAUGGAGCUGAAGAAUGUCAUAUGAAGAGGCACCACAUCAUAGGAAACAUUCACAAGUGGAAGACAGCUGUUGUUAUGAACUAUUAAAGACAUCAGCAUGGUGUUCACUUCUUUCAAGGUUUCAGAAGCCUGAGAUGGCAUUUCCUUCUAUCUUCCUCUCCCUGCUGUCUGUCCUCCUCCCUCUCAAAGAAGGUUUGCUACGUCAGGUACCUUUCAUCAUGGCAUGCACUGAAUCACAAGGGUUCUGCUGCUUGUUGCCCACUCCUUUGCCCUCAGUUAAAGAUUAGCUGGGGCUGGGCAUCACAGCAGCAAGGAGAAGCUCUCAUGCUUAAGAAAACACUUCAGGUAGGAUUAAAGAGAGACGACAAGCAGACAUGCUGAAGACCUACUGAAAUGGCUGAAAUGGGAAAUGCAUUUAUAGUUGUAUGCCUAGUGACAUUAGAAGUAUCUUCAACUUAGUAUAAUUAUAAACUAUAUGUUUAUUAAGUUUAGACACAGUGACCACUGGUUUUCAAGGAUGGAUUAGAGGAUGGACGUAACCCAGAGGAAACUGAAUUAGCAGUAACACUGGCUAUUCUUAUUAAACAAAUUGUUAGUCCUGUACAUGUAACUCCUGUAACUUUAGUACAUUGUUUUACUUAAAUCAAAACGUGAUUAGCCAUGAGUAUGUUUUAACUUCUGUUUGUACAUAUAUAAAUGAAUAUAUAUAUGUGUAUAUAUGUAUAUAUACACAUACUCAAAAAAAACCACCCAUGUAUAGGUUUCCACACUGUUUUUUCUUAUAGUAUUGUAACAAAAUAGUGGCCUAAACUUUUUAUGCUAAAAACCCCUUAAUGUCCAGGUUGUGUAAUCUACAAAUUGUUUGCAUAAUGAUUUCCUGUGAAGAUUUGUAUGCAAGCUGUGGCCUUGAUUUCUCCACUUACCUUACACUGGUGAACUGUCUGUGUCACUGCUGUUGAUGUCUGUGUCUGCUCCUGAUUUAGAUCAGACUAAGUAAAAGAGUGUGCAAAGGAUGUGUCCAGGGUGCAUUAGUCUGCUUCUUGAGGUUAGGCAUUUCAGAGUAGUGAAAAAAUACCUUUAAAUUAAGUUUAUGUUCUACAUCUGAGAAACCUAACUGGGGCUAUUGUCACUUAUUUAGCAUAAAACAUGGUUCAAAACAACUGACAAAGAGGUCACAUACAGCAGACAUAAAAUUUCAAAGCAUAAUGGAGUUCAGAUUCUGAAGAGCCUUUUUUCAGUAUAGCUACAUAUAAUGUAGAAUGACCUCAAACCCCAACAGCCAUAUAAUUGUAAUAAUUCUGCCAGGAGUAAUAUUUUCUCAUAGGUUUACCUCAUCUAAACAGAUAUUAGUAACUAAACACCAGAGAUGAUGCUUCAUCAUAAUGUUUUCACUACUACAGGUUCUUUAGAGAACAACACCUGCAUUAUCAUGCUGAGGGAAUGGAAGUAUUUUUAGUAUUUUUAGUUGUAGUCAAAUGUGAAGGGGUUUCUGAGCUUUUCAUUCUGCUAGGGUCAGGUCUGUCUUUUAAGAAGAGCUUUUUUGUUUGGUUUGCUUUUUUUAAUGUAAAUGCAUCCAUUAAGAUAUUUUAACACUGAAAGUCAAAAUUAUUCCAUGAUGACCUGCAUUUAAAGACAAAAUAUAUGAUCUCUAGCAAAGCAAUAUCCUGAUAGUUGCUAAUUAAGGAUCCUUUAUUCUCUGGAAGAAUGCUCUAGAUAACUAUUUCAAUAGCUUUGUUCUCUUGUCGUUAUUACACAAUAUUUCUAUUGCUUUCACACAUUUAUUGGUAUCUGCCAAGCAGAACCAAAUUUAGCCUGAAGCCUGGAGGAAGAUAAAAGGAAAAUAUAUUAGGCAUAUGGAUGAUAAUUUGGAUGAAAAAAAGAAAAAAAGUGUUGACAAUUUUGUGCUCAUAUUUUUUGUUAUACAACCUAUAUGCCAACUUUUGUAUAUAAAAAUUAUGUACAAUUUGAGAUGUCAAAGUUUACAUAAACAAACAAAAAUUGGAUAUGCAAUAACACCCAGAGAUUUGUAUCCAUCUUUUAAUAUUACACAUACAGCAGCUUAUGUAGUAAAAUUGACCCAACAAGCAGGAAGAUUCAGGGCAUUUGGAAAAUGUGGUGUUACAAUUCUGAUCAUUAUUAGAAAGUGUUAACAGUAUGCUGAAAAAUACUCUUCAGCAUCUUUUCUGAGAUUAUUGGAACAUCAAGGCUUCACUGCAUAUUGCAUCUUUCUAUGACACUUUUGAAUAUUAUAAAACUUUCCAUCUGUAACAGGAAUUGCAUAUAUGUUUCAAAGUAUUUCAAAUUGUACCACCCCUCCAAACUUUUCAUUAUCAUUAUAUUGGAUUUUUUUUCUUUACAAUUAUCAGGUUAUUUCCUUUAUAAAAGCCGCUUUAUUUAUAGAUUUUACUAUGUAAUUAAUUUUAAUUAAGAAAGUAAUUUUCCUCUCAACUCUACACAUAUGUCUACAACUAUAUGUUGAUUGACAUAUCACAUAUAGUUAGAGCUUUCUGUUCUCCUAUGUCAGUUGGGCCGGUUGCAUUGCAUGGAUUAAUGAAUGCUGAAUUGCUUUGAAUAGAGGUUCUUAAAAAGCACCAGAAAAUAUGUUCUUUCUUUCUUAGAUGAAUAUAGCAGUUUGCUUUUUUUCCUGGCUGUCCUAAAACAUUCUUAUUCACAGUCCCUUUGCAAGUCAGCCAUUGCAAAAUGAAAAGAAAAUCUGAUCCUAUUAAAAUUGCAAACCUAUAGUGACUCAGGCUUUCCCAGUGUUCUAAGUAGUGGUACUGUAGGCAAUGUAUACUUAAAAAUGAAACUGCUCUGAAGUAAAAGUAAUUUGUGAAUUCUUAUUACAUUAUGAAACUUUCAUAUCUGUUUACCAUGACCUGUAUGUGGGUUUGUGAUUACAGAUUUUUAUUCACUAUAUUUCUUUGUAAAUGAGAAGUGUGCUUUAUACUAAUCACAGUGUAAAUUCUUUGUUCAGAUCUGUGUGAUCUGCUCAGUCAUAAAUCCAGAAUGACUUUAUUUGAGUCUUUAUGAGAUAAUUCACUUCAUGUAGUGAUGGUCUAAACUUAAUGCAUGAGUUCACUUCCUUCUUACUUUAAACUAGAGUAGUUCGGUGCAUAAAAUCAUAUUAAGUAGAAUAGAUUGUUCUCAGUAGAUUCAUUCUGCAAAUAAAAUUAUUUUUUUAAUUGAACAUUUAACUUCCAACUAAAGGCAUGAAGGGGUCUUAAAUUUCUUUCAGGAGAAGAAUGAUUAGUUUCCUUUUUUAAUUCUAUUGCUUUUUUCAAAUCACAGAAUACCAUAUAGAUGUGAAUAUACAUAAAGACACCAUUCUUAGAGACUUCAGGACUGUAACAGCUCUGAAUAACUCUGAGUACCACACAAAAAGUUUGAAGUGUUUUGUUGGUUUUUUUUUCAGUAACAAAACAUCUUCAGUCAAUAAAUAGGAAGUGAUUUUUCUUUCUAAGUUUUCAAUUUUAAACCAAGAAAACACUUGUGGAAAUCACAAUCUGGUUUUCGCAUAGUAGCCAGUAUAUUGGGGAUUAUUUUUGUUGUCUAAGAAUCAAGUAUAUUAAAAACUGGGCUACAGAGCUAUUCUUGUCUGGCAUUGCAUGCAUUAAAAGUGGUCUGUUCUCAACAGAAUAAUAUCUCAAGGAAUUGUCAGAACUGCUGUACGCACAGUAAAAUGCCUUCCCUGAUGUGUGAGAUAUAUUAAACUUGUGAAGACCAGUGCUCCUUUGGAUCUGUUGAAAUAACUAGCUGUCAGUCACUAUGGAGAUUGGAGAAGAAAAAGCCCCCUGGUGAUACAACUUGUCACAUCUUUCUCCCACUUUUCUCCCACACUUGCACACACAUGCAUGCACAAACAUACCCACAUUCCCAAAACAAAACAAAAAAAUGCUGUGCUAUUUCUGCUGUUUCAUACAAUCUAGUGAUGUUUUUUUAAAAAACAAAAAAGCAAAAAACCAAAACAACAAAGAGCAAACAAUCACCAAAAACAAAACAAAACAAAACAAAAAAAGAAGCACACCAGCUGUCCAAAAAUACUACAAUCCAGCUUUUAAAAAAAUUAUUUAUUUCUACAACUCCGGACACUGUCAUGUGGAAAGACUGCUAAAACUAUGAAGUUAUAAGAGGAAAAACGUCUGAAUAUUUUUAACUGUAUUUGAAGUACAUCUUUCAUGAAUGGUAACAUUCUAUCUCAACUAAAUUGGGAGCUAUUUUGAAGUGUGUAUAAUAAUCAGAAAUAUUUUGAUUGAACUUUUGAUUUUUCAGUUUAUUGUUCUGUUGAUAAACUCUCUGUAACAAUG